ACCUACAUAUGUAUGUAUGUAUGUAAAGUUCAUCAAGACUACCGUAUCUUAAUUACUCGUUGUACUAUACAUCAUCAUCAUAACAGCGCGUCAAAUGUGACUGCGCUCGAAAGACAUUUUGACGAUCUUAUUGACAAAACAAUAUUUUCUGCACUGCAGCACACGGCGGAUAAUCGUGGUUAUAGAUCAGAAUCUAGAUUGAAUAAUUACUCAUACUAAAAUUAUGCCGCAACAGAAUUUUAUAUGGGACUAUGGCAGAAUAGUUACAAUCGCCGUUCUUCCUGGAAAGAAAAUAAUUUACUUUUCAGCUUAGUUGAGUGACUGACUUCUUUGUACGAAAUCAUUAAUGGUCCACGUAGCUUCUCCUCUGACUCACAUAAUUUCACCUUGUGGGGCUAACGACGUAUGUGCCUUUAAUUAGCUCUCUAAAAUAUUAUUAUGAAUUAUUUGUACUAAAGCCAUGCAGGCCACAUUAUAGGACCAUCUUUCACAAAUAUAUUGGCAUAUUGUACUUUUUUCUCGCGUCACGGAUCACAACGCGUUAGGUAAGGCAGGUGCAAUAAAAAAAAAGAUCGAAAAGUUGGUAAGAAAAAGAGUAUAACAAAACGGAACUAUGAUAAUAAGCAGCUGGCAGAAAUCAAUGGGUAGUUUUAGAAGGUACCUAUGAUAACAUUUAUUUAUUAUAGCCGCCAAACGAGUGUAUAUGACCUUUUUGCCAAACAUUGACGUGUGUUGUUUUCUACACUGGUAGUAAUCCUAGAACCUUUUCCUGGUUGCUAUCAGUCUAUACGUUUGUUCCAAAUUACACUUGUAGUGCUACACCAUAUUUGCGUCGGUUUAAGUUUAAGCAAGUGCAUAGUUCCCGUUGCUUCGGCUCAUUCACCCAAAGCAUCCGGCGUUAUCUAGUGCCAAACUUAAGGUUGGUGCCGAGGACUACAUUUAGCCGGCAUCUGGUUACUACUUCCAGCAGAAUUAAACACGAGCGAGUAAGCGAAAGCUCCGCGAUAAUUUUGAGUGCUUGAAUUGAAGCUACUAUUUUUACCUGUCCGUCAGCAGCAUUUCACUUGCCAUUCAAGAUGGCUUCUGCUCGAAAUCAACAGGAAGAGCUUCGCCGUUUAAUGCGCGAGAAGAUGGCUGGUCGAUCUUCAGCUGCAAUACCUUCGACGUCUGCUCUGCAGCAAUCCAGUCCGAAUGGAAACCAUGAUUCAACUAAAAAUAACCCGUUUGUGAAAGUGACAUCUUCUGGAAGAGUCGUUUGCACAAUUUGUCCAGGUGUCCAUAUAAAAUCGUGGAAAACGCAUCAGCUAAGUGCAGAGCAUAAAAGACAUAUUAGAGCUCAAAGAGCAGGUCUGACUGCAGCUGCAUCUCUGCCACCGAAACCGGUAUAUCGGCCUACAGAAAUAAAACCUGUACUGUUGAAAGAACCACCGCGUUCAAUUUUGAAAAAUCCUCUUGUAAAAGUGGAAUCGUUGCAAGAACAAGAGCUACUUGAAUACGAGGCUGACGAGCCUCAUGAAGAGGUUAUGGUAGUGUCUUAUUCCCAUGGGUCAAUUCGUCAGUCCGCUCUAAAUGGUACUUCAGUCUCAAAUACGGCAAGGGGACUUGGAAACUCAGCUUUGAAGAGGCGCGCUGUAAGUGAUAGUGCCGAGAAAAGCAAGGUCGACAAACCAGACGAAGCUGUGAUGCAGGACAAGAGCGCCGGGGGAGCUGUCUCGUCGCUUCCAGAGGGAUUUUUUGAUGACCCUCGACUGGAUGCGAAGGCAAGAAAUCAGGAAUACAGGGACCCACAAGAUAUUGAGUGGGAUCGAUACCAAAAAGCGCUCCGGGAAGAGGAAAAUAAAAGCGAACAGGUUGUUGAGAUGGACGAUGAAAGAGAUACGCGUGAACGCAACAUCUAUGAAGCAGACGAACAUAUUCGCAAUUGGGAAACUGUACGAGAGUUAGAAAUCCGACGAGAGGAACAACAUACAAAGCCCUUAGAGUUUAAUGAGCAGACGACAACAGUCAAUCCUGACAAUACCAACGCCACAGAAGCGGAGGACGAUGAAUUCGACAACGAAGAACUGAAUGAAUUAAUGAGUUGGAGGCAAAAAUCAAUCAAGAAAUAGCGUUAAACAGGUUCUUUCACAAGUAGCUAAUUAGUGAGUCGUGACCAUCUUUGCAGAAAUCAGGAUAUUUACUUCUUAUACACAUACAUGUAUGUAUGUAUGUAUGUAUUAUCUAUGCUUGUAUGCGCACACGGCAGCUUCCAUCGUCUAUUAACCCUUGAAUUAAGUCAAAUCGUGAGAACAUCUUUGUACAGACGAAUCAAGGACAAAUCUUCAUGUGCUACCUUAAGAUUAUUGACGCACUGUUUCGGAAGCAACUACAGAGUUUCUAAUGAUGUUGACCGUAAGAUAGGCAACGUCAGUCUUUCUCAAAUUGGUACGGGCAAUAAUAAAAUGCGACGGCUCAAUAUAGAUUUAUUUUUGCGGCCCAUGCAGGAAGAAUGUCGCUGUAUAUUUUCCUGGGCAGAAAUAUCGGCAAGAGAUCCCAUCCUAAGUUUAUGUAAAUAUGGAAUAAAAUAUGUAGGCAGUCAUGUUAGCAAUCAUUUGAAAACUUUAAGUGUCUUUCUUCCACCGGGUGUUCCAUUGUUGCUUCGGUUUAACACAACACGUGUUGUAUUGUUUUUCGGCAAAUUUCUUUGGGAAUUAACAAUUAGAGCUAUACAUAAAAUAGGAUAGGGUCAAGAAAUAGAACGUAGCGUUGACAUGAGGUCUUAGCAAGUUAUCUAUGAUUGCCUUGGUCUCUAGUAAAGCCUACUUUAUGCAUUUUUACUAUGUGAAUGUUUCUAUUUGUCAGCUUCAUCCUGGAAACUGA